GAAAGGUAUUGAGAAAGAUGCAUCUCAUGGUCACGUCCACAGUCAAUCCAUCCAUCGAGCCCGCUUCUCUUCUCCAACCUUAACCACACAUAUGAAUGCACUCACCCACCGGCCCCUUCCCUUCCUCCCUAUGCACUCGCACACGCAGCUACCCAAGCCGAUGCGCCUCGCCCGAGAAAGGCCUGAAUCCCCGCCGCUGCGCCGCUGCCUCCUCCUCCCCCCCCUCGCCCGCACCAGGUGGUGCCCCUGGCUGCUGCCCUUGCGCGCCAGGGCCUGGUGGUGCUCCUCCUCCUCCGGCCUCGCCAGUAGUGCCGCCGUUCUGUCUUGGGGGCACCGCUCCAUAUGGUGGAUAGUAGGCGCCAUAGCCAGGGCCCUGCUGUCCUCCGUAGCCAUAGGGCCCCGCGCCAUAGGGCCCCGCGCCAUAUAUCGGGUACUGAGGGGGUGGGGGUGCGUAGAAGGUGCCGGCUAAGUAGGCCAUCUCCUGGUCGCGCAUGAGCUUGUAUAUCUUCCACGAGACGAAGGCGCCGGCGGCUCCCAGAAGGGGCGAGAGGAGGAGAAUGAUGAAGAGAAAGGUGGUGGGGGCGUCAGAGGGUGGGAAGAUCUUGAAGGGGGUGUCCUGGGUGCCCUCCUGGAUGGCCCGUGUGACCAGUAUCAACACGCCGAAGAUGCAGUUGAAGGCGCAGAGCACGCAGUACCUGGAUGACCGUGGCUGAAACAUAACGAUGGAUGGAUGGACGUUUCUCGCUCUCUGUUACCAGACGCAAUAGAGUGCUGUAGUGUAGUCCUCCUUAAUGGCGCAGUAGCCAAUGCCCAGCAGAAUAAUGUCGGUGAAAGCCCCCCAUAUGUCGUGAAUGAUCAGCCGCAACACCGUCACCGACGCCUGCAGCACACAGGCGCACACACACACAGAUAGAUGAGAAGCCCUCCAUUCCGACACUGCAGUCAACGCAUGAAUGCAUCAAGUCCUCUCAAACAGCAUAUAUGAGCCUUCUACAUACCUGCAGGCAUACAAUGAUUAUGAGCGCAGGUUUCCACCGGUUCGUCACUGCAGGCGGGGGCGGCGCACCGACGAGAGGCGGCUGCAGAGAUAUCGGGACCACCAUGGGGCUGAGAAGCGAUGAAGAACGAUAGAAAGCGGGAGCAGGGGUCUCCUACGGACGUCCAGCGAAGCCCCGAUGGAUGGCCUGGCCGGUUACUGCUGGAAGGCUGAAUUACGGCACCAAAUCAGCCACAGUGAAGCUCGAUUUUCACUGCAGAUGCUCAAAUUAGCCGUCGAGUGACCCUGUGAUGGGGUGAAAAUGCGUUCGGAUCUU